AAUCUAAUCAUUGAAUCUCAUAAAACACGAGUCUGAAAGUGGAAUUUUUAUAGCAAAAUGUUCUGCCAAAGUUGUGGAACAAAGCUUUUGGAUAAAGCCAAAUUUUGCCACAACUGUGGAUUUUGUGCAUUAUCAGAUGUCGAAAUAGGCUCAAAACCUCCAAGCAAGACCAUUGGAGUAAAGCCCCUUUCAUUUGAAGAGUUUCGUAAGAAGAAAGAGGAAGACAGAUCAUCAAAAUUUAAGCCAAAACCUGGUGGAAAAAAAGCAAAGUUGUCAAAAGAGGUGAAGGUGCAGGUUGGCAUUGUAAAAGACAAAAAUGGAGAUGGUGUAUUGGUAAGGGUGAAGUCAAGGACAAUAACAAUUGCAGUUGAUGAAGAUGUUGAUGGAAAUGCUCUUCUUGAAAAAGCAAUUGAUAAACAUUCCAGACAUCAUAAACAAUUUAACAAGUAUAACAAAUAUGUUCUUUUGUAUAAUGACAUGUCAAUUGUGAGGUAUUUACCCCAGACCAACAUACCAUUUGUGCUUUCAAAAUAUAAAGAAGAUUUGUUGCUGCCAUACUCCAAAAUGUAUUUCUGGCUAUGUACAGAAGAUGAUUUUGAAAAUUCAAUUUCUGAUGAAAGUUCUGACAAGGAACUUGAAGAGAUUUCGAUGAAGUAUCAUGAGUCUCAACCUUCAACAUCAAAGUCAUUGGCCACAACAGGUUGUGGGGAUUUCAAUGAAGAUGCAAGUAAUAAAAUCCUCCAAUCCUCUUCUUUGUCUUCUCAAAGUUCAUUUACCUCAACGUCUCAAGUUUGUAGUAUGUCACAAGGACAAUUGUCUCAGCAUGGAAUAGAAAAAUAUCUAUUGCAACAUCAAUGCCCUACAUGUCUUGGAUAUUAUUCACGUGCAGACAUAGAGGCUCAUGCAGACAUGUGUGCAGAAAGGUGGAUAGACCCAAUUGGCAAGUUAUCAGAUGACGAUCAAAAUAACCUGGAAAACACACUCAUUGCUGAAGAGGAAAUUGGACAGCCAACUGUUGCCACUAUGCAAGAAGUGGUUCAUCUAAUUCAGGACAAUGUUAACAGAUUGUCGACCAACAGAGUUACUAUUCGUAGGCGAUUAGCUUUUGCAGAUUAUGUGGAUGCACGGAAACGAAAAUGGUUUGCUGAAGGAGGAAAUCUUAAAAUUUGUUUUGCUGGUGAACCUUCUAUUGAUGGUGGUGGCCCAAGGAGGGAGUUUUUCACAGAUGUCCUACAACACAUUAAGUCAACUUUGAUGAUGCAAAUGGUUAUCCACUGUUUAGUGCACGAGCACUAGCAAAUGAAGACUUCAUGGUUGCUGGUGAGUUAAUAUCAUCCUCUCUGGCACAGGGAGGACCAGCCCCAUGCUUCUUGGCAAAGAAUGUAUUUAAUUAUGUGGCUGAAGGGGUAAAUAGCAUACAGGCCAACAGCUGGUUGGAGUUGGUUCAUGAUGCUAAUUUCAAAGAUGAAAUUGAUAAGGUAAAAAAUAUGCACUCAUUGAGAAAAGCAAGCAAAUUUCACUUUAAAAUAUCUCAAAGCUGUGCUUAAAGAAUAGAAAAAAUUAACUCUCAUUUGUUCUACUUAUUACCAUAGCAUUCUUAAUUGCAUUCAGUUAGUUAAAUGUGAGAGUGAUGAGGAGCUGAGGACAUUGCUUUGCUCAGAUGACAUGAUGAACAUUCUGCAAUCAAUCGGCUACAGGGGUGUUCCCUCCAAGGAGAAAUUGGCCUCACGAGACAACAUUAUUCGGUCGAUUGUAAUUGCAGGAAUUGGCCAUAUGUUGGCAAUGAUGGACCAAUUAAAAACUGGUCUUACACUUUUUGGGGUUCUGCAGCAAAUUCAACAUCACCGGGAGAUAAUGGCAUCAAUGCUUACACUGGAUGGUGUUGCUAAUUUUUGCUUGACUGCAGACAUUGUUCUUGAAAAUAUGACUGUAGAGUUUAGCCUGGAGGGAAGCAACAAAAAGCAAUUGGAAAUAAAUGUCCACAAAUUUUUUUGUGACUAUAUUCAAGAAUUGGACACAAAAGACACUAGCACAUCAUUAAAAACGCUGUACAGAUUCAUCACUGGAAGCCACUCUGUAACACCACUGGGAGCAGAAAAGCACAUCACUGUCAAAUUUAAGCAUGGCUGCCCUGCGAAUUGUAAAUGCCGUCCAACUGCUGCUACAUGUGACCCAAGUAUCUGCUUUCCAAUUCACUUUGAUAAUACUAAUGAUUUUGACUUAGCGAUGGACAAUGCCUUACUGGAGUAUUCGGGAUUUGGUUUUAUAUGAACUUGAAAACAAAGUCCUUCAAUGUACAUAUGAUAUUGUUCUGUUGUCAAAAGAAUACUUUUUGCAAACUAUUAAGUACUGCAUAUUAACUACACAUAACUCAUCAAAUUAUCAAAAAUAUUUGUAGCAUCAUUAUAGUCUUCUGGAAACUCUAGUUGUUGAAUGUCCACUAAGUAAUUAAAAUAGUCUUGGAAUAUUUUCCCAUUUUCA